GUAGUGUUUUUCCGGUGCCAACUCACGGUCGCGAACCAUGUCAGCAGCUGAAGGAGGGUAUUCCGUGCUGUUAAGCUCGUUGCACAGGGCAUCGGCACCCACUCUUCCUCUGUCGACACUCCAGGGUCUCAUCGUUCACUACCUCGCCCGACUAUCGCCAGCGCCCACUCCAUUAGCGGCCACCAUCGUCGGCAGUCCGCUGUUCCGGCCGUUUUCGCUCACUAAGCUUGACGCCCUCAAGACAUCCUUUCGACAUGCGGUGCAUACCAAACUUCAUCUGCUGAAGGACGCACCUCCCAGCGUGUUCCUUCCCAGCCUGAAUGUACAGCUGAGCGCUUGGCUGGUGGCAAUUUUGAGAGGUCUCGAGGGGGGUCAUGCUAUCGCGCGACUAGCCUGUUGCAGCGGGUUGCUAUUGGGUGUCGAGGACAUUCUAAAGCGCCUGCCAUCGAAACAGCGCGACGUGGAAAGUUCGGUCCAAGACGAGAUUGUUCUCGCCUUUGCAGAUCUCAUUGAUCUGUUCACUUCAUCGGACUCAUGGAGAAAGGAAUUCCGUCCUGAAACGGAGGCCGGAGAGGAAGAUGCCCUUACACUGUCAUUGAUAACGUCUGCCGAAGCACUUCUGGCCGUCCUGCCAGAGAAGUUUGUCGCGUUACCUUUACAACAGACGUUGGCCUUGUUGGUCCACACGAUCAACAAGUCGUUCAUGUCUGGGAUGUUUCUCUCCUCCUUUAAAUCAUCCACGGAACACCAUCCCGAAUAUAAAAUUCAUGUAAAGCAAGGAGCUCCUGCCUUCCAAGAUGUGCACAAGGUGUCUUCGUCGCCCGCAAUGUCCAAUAUGGGUUCGUUAUCCAGAUUAUGCUCGAGGAGCAUAACGUUGUUCGUAGAUCAUCGACCUAAACUUGCUCUGCCGCGUGUCCAAGAAACAUUCCUUUGCCUGGAGUCCAUUUCCCGGAACGUAGAAUUGGGCUGGUUGGCUAGUGACCUAGCAGGCGCGACCGAGGAAUCGAUAGCUGCUGAAACACGGAAACUAACCGAGUCCAUCUGGACUAUCCUCAAGACUCUACUUUUCUCGACGAUUAUGAUCGUCGAAGCCGGUCUUUCGGCUGUAGUCUAUGUUCCUCCCGAAAUCGGUCAUGCCGCACCGUCGCUUGCUCUUGCUGUCCUGCGCAGUCUCUACCAUCUGGCUUUUGUGAUCGAAAAGUUUGGUGGUGCGGGACACAGCGCAUUCCCCGAACUGAAGCGGGCUUUCUAUCUUCCGCUUGACGUUUUGGCAGGACACAAAGCUGAAAGCGAGCACCUUGUGCAACAGUUAUGUGAGGAGUCGUGGUCUAACGCGUAUGACCUGUCGCAUCCCGUCCAGAGGGCAAAGAAAGCGUUCGCGUUGUCCACUAUUGAACAGCUCAUACCCGUUCUUCCGACGUCGGGCAUUGAAACUUACGUCUUACCUUUCUGCUCACCACAUUUGGAUGAUGCGCGUUACCAUGACGUAUUCGAAGCCGCACAUAGUGUGGUGUUAGCAAUAUUUUCUCACUAUCAUCAUACUCAGGUCACCAGUUCUACGUCGCCCAGUGGUGCCGAGCGUGAACCAGAAAGGGCUAUGUCCCCUGCGAUCAUGGUCCCAUUUUAUACGCGGUGCCUUAUUGAGAAUUCAGCGAAAGACAGGCUCAACGCCUCGCAGCUACGCCUCGCCUUUGCUGCGCUGGUCAAGAGUGCCUCGGCAUCUGGCGAUCAUGCGCUCGCCUGGUUUUGCAUCGAUUCGCUGUUAACAGCAUGCAGGGCAUCUUCACCGGCAUUUGACGAAGACCGGGUGCACCGGUUGUAUCUAGCUCUCGUGUCCAGCGUGUCAUCUCUGCCUCUGGAUCUGCUAUCACGCGCGCUGCUGGAAGUGGACGGCAUCAUCGAAGGUGUCGAAAAUGACGAUAUUAAGCGCGAUGAGCUUCUAGAGGCGCUGUUUCAGGAGAUUAUAAAUAACGUUGGUGACGCGGAAAAAGAAUUUGCUGUGUGCUGGUGGAACGAACGACGUGUCAAGUGGGCUCAUCGAACACGACUGGCGAUCGCAAGACAACGAAGAACGGAGAAAGACGAAGAGGACGAUAUACUUCAGGAAUCCGAAAUACCCUCGAGACUCUGAUUAACGUCAGCUGAUAUCGUCUCUUUGGGCUUUUUGCAAUUUCAUUGCGGUUAUUUUAUGCUAUUGAACCAGGAAAUUGGUAAUCAUUCCACCAACCCUGAAAAAAAUAAUGGCAAAUGCGAUUGUCAUGCUUGUGCCCUGUGUGUUGAGUCCCCACGACACCCUUCUCUGCGCGUAGUGGGA